AUGUCCACAAGAGUCAGCUUCUUGCUUGCUCUGGUAAUGACGGUGGUGGUGAUUCUCACUUCUCCAGUCAUCUCCGGCGAAAAUGAAUUUUCCGAACUAAAAAUCCGUACCCACUUGAAACGACUCAACAAGCCAGCUCUCAAAUCUAUAAAGAGCCCAGAUGGAGAUGUAAUAGAUUGUGUCCCAAUCACAGACCAACCAGCUUUAACUCAUCCUCUGCUCAUCAACCACACUGUCCAGAUGAGGCCAAGUUUCAACCCAGAGAGUGUCUUUAGCGAGAGUAAAGUUUCAUCAAACACCACCAAGAAACAGCAGCCUAGUGCUAUAUCUCAGCUUUGGCAUGUGAAUGGGAAAUGCCCAGAGAACACAGUUCCCAUCAGAAGAACUACAAAGGAAGAUCUUUAUCGAGCGAGUUCGGUCGAGAAGUUCGGUAUGAAGAACCAGAAGAGUGUUCCUAAGCCUAGAUCUUAUGAGCCAGCUAGUGUUCUUACACAAAAUGGUCAUCAGCACGCGAUAAUGUAUGUCGAAGAUGGGGUUUUCUACGGGGCGAAAGCGAAGAUCAAUGUAUGGAAACCGAAUGUGGAGAUGCCUAAUGAGUUUAGCUUGGCUCAGAUUUGGGUUUUGGGUGGAAACUUCAACUCUGAUCUUAAUAGUAUUGAAGCUGGCUGGCAGGUUAGUCCACAGUUGUAUGGUGAUAGUCGCACCAGGCUCUUCACUUAUUGGACUAGUGAUGCAUACCAAGGUACAGGCUGCUACAAUCUUCUGUGCUCAGGGUUUGUUCAAAUCAACAGAGAAAUUGCAAUGGGUGGAUCAAUCUCACCUCUGUCAAGCUUUGGAGAUUCUCAGUAUGACAUUACCAUACUUAUCUGGAAGGAUCCAAAAGAAGGACAUUGGUGGUUACAAUUUGGAGAGAAGUACAUAAUAGGAUACUGGCCAGCUUCACUCUUCUCUUACUUAUCAGAAAGUGCAUCCAUGAUUGAGUGGGGUGGUGAAGUGGUUAACUCGCAGUCUGAGGAAGGACAACACACUACCACUCAGAUGGGAAGUGGGAGGUUCGCAGAGGAAGGUUGGGGCAGAGCUAGUUACUUCAAGAACGUUCAAGUAGUCGAUGGAUCAAAUGAGUUGAGAAGCCCUGAAAAUCUUCAAUUAUCUGAUCAACAAGAAAUCAAAGUACAAAGACUUUUGAAGCGGCUCAAUAAGCCUGCUCAUAAAUCCAUUAAGAGUGAAGAUGGAGAUAUAAUAGACUGUGUUCCAAUAACUAAUCAACCAGCCUUUGACCAUCCCCUACUUAAGAACCAUACCAUUCAGAUGAGGCCGAGUUUUGUUCCGGAAGGUGGUUCUACGCACACCAAGAAUGAGGCAAAGGCUAUAACACAGGUGUGGCACAAGAAUGGAGUGUGUCCAGAUAACACUGUUCCUAUAAGACGAACAAAAAAGGAAGAUAUCUUACGAGCAAAAUCCAUUGAGAGUUUCGGGAAAAAGACUCAUAGGAGUUUCGGGAAAGGGACUCACCAGAACAACCCUGGAGCAGGCCAUGAGUACGCGAUCAUGAACUCGAGGGACGGAAAUUAUUACGGGACAAAGUUUGUGAUAAAUAUGUGGAGACCAGAAGUUGAAGUUCCCAACGAGUUCAGCUUGGCUCAGACGUGGCUUUCGUCUGGAGAUGGCUAUGAUAUUAACACAAUUGAAGCUGGGUUGCAGGUGUGUCCAGUAUUGUAUGGUGACAACAAUCUUAGAUUGUUUGUUUACUGGACGAGCGAUUAUUACCAAAGUACAGGAUGCUACAACAAUGGCUGCUCAGGUUUUGUUCAGACUAGCAAAGUGAUAACUCCAGGUGGAUCCUUCAGUCAGGUCUCACAAUAUGACGGAGCUCAGUAUGGCCUGCCCAUGCUUAUAUGGAAGUCCAACGGAAACUGGUGGCUAAUGAUCGGUGAAGAGUAUGUUGGGUACUGGCCUGGCAAGUUAUUCACUUCUCUAGGAGAUCGAGCUACGACGGUUCAAUGGGGAGGUGAAAUUGUAAACCGAAGGACCAAUGGGAGACACACAAACACCGAUAUGGGAAGUGGGCAUUUCGCAGACGAAUGGUAUAAGAAAGCUAGCUAUUUCAGGAAACUAGAGACAGUUGAUGGAGCCAAUACUCUGAGAGAACCACAAGGACUUUACCCCUAUGCAAGUAACGGUAACUGUUAUAAUAUUAAAGCAGGAGGUACUGGUAGUUCUUAUUGGGGUAAUCAUUUCUUCUAUGGUGGUCCUGGUCGAAACGCUAAUUGUCUUUGA